AUGUCCUCCAGUAAUGUUCAGUCUGUGUUGCGUUCAACUGGUGCCCAGACUCCAGUCGAUCGUCUGAACAUGACUCUUUCCGAUAUCAUCCGUAUGGAUGGUAUUCAAGAACUCUCGGACGUGUCUGAGGAGAUUCGUCCUGACGGAGAGUUGGAAAACGCUGAUCCAAUUCCCAGGACAGAUGAAGAAGCUCCCGGGGUAGACCAGGGCAGGAACAGCCCACUCAAGAAGGCAAUUUUGGUGUGA